UCUUUUUUCUUUUAUUUUGUUUCAACUUGGUAAACGCAAGAACUCUUAAAAAAAAAAAAAGUUUGUAGUGAAAUGAAACCCAUCCAAGUAGGCAGUCUUGAUACGGAUUCUUAACACUGAAGAUUGGUUGACUCUCCAACUCCAAUCCAACCUCUUUAAAUCCCCCUCCCUUCCCUCCUCAAACUCCACAACAACAACAACAACAACAACCUUUUCUUUUUUCCUUUUUAACUUGGGAGAAAAACAAAACAAUUCCUUGGACUUGUAGAAAAACAAACAUGUUUGGCAAUCUCAAUAGUAAUAUUGUUUUGUUGCUAUGCUGCAUGCUUCUCUCCCUCCCCCUCUCCGCCGCCCCCAUCCCGAUCCCGGUCCACGGCCAUUUUGCCUUCUCCGGCAACGAGUUCGCGGCCCGGGACUUCGGCAACCAGCUCCAUUCCCUCCCCUGGGCCGUCCUCCACCCGAAGAAGGCCUCGGACGUGGCGGCCACCAUCAAGCACGUGUGGCAGAUGGGGCCCGCCGCGUCCCUGACCGUGGCCGCCCGGGGCCACGGGCACUCCCUGCAGGGCCAGGCCCAGGCUCCGCAGGGGAUCGUCGUCAACAUGGAAUCCCUCCGCGGCCCCCAUGAAAUGCACCUCGUCAAGGGCGGCCCCUCCUCCCCCUACGUGGACACCCCCGCCGGCGAGCUCUGGAUCAAUGUCCUCCACCACUGCCUCAAACACGGCCUCGCCCCCAAAUCCUGGACCGACUACCUCCACCUCACCGUCGGAGGCACCUUGUCCAAUGCCGGCAUUAGCGGUCAGGCCUUCCGCCACGGCCCCCAAAUCAGCAAUGUCCGCCAGCUCGAGGUCAUCACCGGCAAGGGGGACCUCGUCGUUUGCUCCGACGACAACAAUGCUGACCUCUUCCACGCCGUCCUCGGCGGCCUCGGCCAAUUCGGGAUCAUUACCAGAGCAAGAAUCUCCCUCGAGCCCGCGCCAAAGAUGGUGAAAUGGAUCAGGGUUCUGUACUCGGAUUUCGCAACCUUCGCUAGGGACCAAGAGCGGCUGAUAUCGGCGGAGAAGACGUUCGACUACAUCGAAGGGCUGGUCAUCGUGAACCGGACCGGUCUCAUCAACAACUGGCGAUCCUCAUUCAACCCACAAGACCCGGAUCAAGCCAGCCACUUUGUGUCGGAUGGAAGGACUCUCUUCUGCCUUGAGCUCACCAAGAACUUCAAUCCUGAUGACGAAGCUGACAUAGAUAAGGAAAUUAAGUGGUUAUUAUCUGAAUUAAGCUACAUCCCAUCAACACUGUUUGUUACACAAGUUUCAUAUGUGGAAUUCUUGGACAGGGUCCAUGCAGCAGAGCUCAAAAUGCGAUCAAAAGGGCUGUGGGAUCUCCCACACCCAUGGCUCAAUCUCCUCGUGCCGCGCUCCAAAAUCCACACCUUCGCCGACGGCGUCUUCGGCAACAUUCUAACCGACACCAACAACGGCCCCGUCCUCAUCUACCCACUAAACAAAUCAAAGUGGGACAACAGAACUUCGUUCGUGACGCCGGAUGAAGACGUGUUCUACCUGGUGGCGUUCCUCCCGCACGCGGCGGAGAGCGAGGGGCUGCAGAAUCUGCUGAAUCAGAACAGGAGAAUCUUGAAUUUCUGCGAUGCGGCGGAGCUGGGAGUGAAGCAGUAUCUGCCGCACUACAAAACGCAGGAGGAAUGGCGGGCCCAUUUCGGGGCGCGGUGGGAGAUCUUUGCACAGAGGAAAUCGGCCUACGAUCCUCUCGCGAUUCUCGCGCCGGGGCAGAGGAUUUUCCAGAAAUCCAUCUCGAUUUUAUGACGGAAAAAGAGAAAAACUCAACUCAUGAUACAACCAAAUUUUCAGCUUUAAGAAGAAAAGCCUGAAUAUGGAAUUAAAUACAACUAUUGUAUAGAUAUAUUAAUUAUCGUUAUUUUUUUAUACCUUCUCAGAUCUUAAAAGAAAACAACUGUAAAGUAUCAAGGGGAGGAAAUAUUCUAAACUGCUUAAACAAAUUACUCCAUUUAGUAGUAACAUUUUAUUUUAACAUUA